AUGGCGGCCGGCCCACGCUCCACUGACAUGUACUUGAUCAGGAAGGAAACUGAGCUCCGGUACGACCGCAUAUUCAAGGCACUAUGGAAAAAGCUGGAAGCUCUCCUGCGGUCCCCGCAAGCGGAAGCCUCACCUGGCAGUAUGCUGCGUAGGCCAAAACGAUGGGGCAAAGAGAUGGAUGGGACACCCCUCACUCUCAAAAUGGCCACUCAUAAGAAAGGGCCCGGCCCAACUGCACACGAACGGAGCAAAGCUGCGACCAGACUCAGACCGCACAAAGCCCACAAAGCUAAGGGGACCCCCAAGGCUCCACACCAAAGGCAACCUCGCCAAAAAGCUGCGGUCCAACACGGACUCAAGAGGAGCAAAGCUCACCCAGACGGACCGAGGGGAGGGCAAACGGUCAAGCCUACACUAA